UUCCUUGGUAGUAUAGGGAGGAAGGAGGGGGUGGGCACAGGAAAGAGGGGAAAGAAAAAAGAAAAAGAAUCACAUGCCACAGUGUCUCAAUAUAUCCUUUACUUGUAGAUAAUUCCAUCUGCGUUGCACUUUUGCCUUUUUAUUUCUGUUUUUGGACACCUCUUUUAUCAUCCAGCCAACUGGAAUAGACAAAGCCCAGUUGGUGCCCUGAGCGACAGAACCCUGGUAGGGGGCUGGCUGUAAAUUGACGUGGCAUGGAAAUUCUCUGCUAAGUUGUAGCAGCUUGCAUGUUUCUCCGAAAAUCAAACCCAGCCUCCCGGAGCCGUAGCUUAAUCAUCAUGGGUUCAACGACUUUACAAAAAAAUGGAUAGAAAAGCUUAAACAACAGGAUUUGCUGCUCUCCCUCCCCUAUCCUGCAAUUUAAUUCCUUACAGACUUUGCCAUGGGGUGCGGACUUAGGAAGUUAGAAGACCCUGAUGAUAGCAGCCCUGGAAAAAUAUUUUCUACCCUGAAGAGACCUCAAGUGGAAACAAAGACAGAAUUUGCUUACGAAUAUGUAUUGCUGGAUUUUACUUUACAAGCUUCGCCAAACCCAGAAGUCAUCAAGAUAAAUUCAAUUCCAGAUAUAGUAACAAAAGUGGAAGACUACUAUCUUAAAGGAUACAUUGUUGGGGCUAUUCAUCCUGUUAUACAACCUGUACGGCAGCGAAAACACCUACCUGCAAGUUACCUAUACAGGGUGGUGUUAUCACGCUUGAAAUUAAGCCCGAAGAAUUCAGCAGCACCCAGUGGACAAAGACGCCCAAGGCUUGUGAUUGAGGAAUGUCCUCUAACUUAUGAGACACAAACAAAUGAUGUAGCAAAAGAACUGAUAGAAAAGAUUAAUGUAGCUGCUAAAAAAGGAAUGAGGUUUGUUGGGUUCAUAUCACAACAUUAUCCACCGUUCUGCAAUGGAGCCAACCAUGAUGGAGAUACAGAAUCACCACUACAUGUGAGACACACAUCAGAUGAAAACUGUAAAAGUUGGAAUGAAGGAACAUUAAGUGGGCAAUCAUCUGAAAGUGGAAUUGAGGAAGAAUUUCAUCAUGAAAGUGGACAGUGUCAAGUGGAACAAGAUGGCAGCCCCAGUUCCUCUAAAUCAAAAAAAGGAGAAGAUAACAAGUUGUAUACAGUCUUCAAUGUCUUUGAUGAUGAAUCAACCUCCUGGACCUAUCAGGAGGGCGUCCUGUCAGUGAAAGUAACAAGAAAAGGAUCUGUCAUUAGUACACUUGAUGCCGAUUGGCUGGAGUUAACUACAUUUUAUUAUAAGCAAGGCUUAUCUUUAAUUGAUUCUUUUGUAUGCUGGGAAACAUCUAAAGGGGACCAUUUGCCUAAAUCUUUGGAAGGGUUCUUUAUCUAUGAAGAAGAAGGUUCUGGAGUUCCAGGUUCCAGUAGGAAAGGAAAUGAUGCUAUUGCAGUAGAACAAUGGACCGUUAUCGAGGGCUGCGAAAUCAAGACGGAUUACGGGCCUCUGCUGCACACGCUGGCCGAGUUUGGGUGGCUCCUGACGAGCGUGCUGCCUACGCCCAUACUGAGACAUGACAGUGAAGGGAAUUUGGCUACAAAGCAGGUUGUGUUCCUUCAGAGACCAGUUAUAUGGAAUUCAGCUGCUCAGACACCAGAAAGGAAAGCCAGCCGGCACAUAAAAGGUGAUGACAGGAACAAAGCCACCAGCAGGAGCAUCGGAUCGGACACGGCCACGUCACAGUCACAAGCUACAGAGAACAGGAACCCCCCUGAGGAGGGCCUCCUGUCUCCGAGAGAAUGCUGGAUGAAGGACGAGAGGCCAACACACUACAGCAGCUUCUCCGGCUUCAGCAGCAGUGACAGUGUCCUGCGGGAGUUAGACGACGGACAGUUGGACCAGGAAGACGGCGUAACUCAGGUCACUUGCAUGUGAGCGCUGAUGGAAAGCAACAGGAGGCCCUAUAAAUAACUAUUAAAAUAACUGCCAACUGACCCUACUGUAUAAUAUUACUUUAUCUGCAUUUAUGUAAUAUUUUGAAUUUUUUCAGACUCAGGCUUUCUUCUAAUCUACAUAAACUUUGGCUCAACCUCUUAGACCAGGAAGAAUAACCAACAUAUUUGUAAAUUUAGAAUCAUGUUUACACUUCCCUCGACUAAAAACAUCUGUUUAAACAGAUGUCUCAUGAGGUUAUUAACCAAUCAUCUACUUCAGUUUCUCACGAAUGUACAAGGUGUACUUUUCUUACAAUUCCUGGUAAGAAAACUGAAUAUCUCAACCAGUAUUUUACCUAAUUAGAAAGUUCUCAGGAAGUUAGAGUCUUACUUACGCUGAAAAAUCAUGUCUGUCUCCCACCCCCCACACACCCAUACACACAAAGGGCUAAUUAGUGAAGUGCCUAGUGCCUGAAUAUAACAACUAAUCCAAAUUUUAUCUUUAACUAUGAUGUAUAUUUCCAAACACCUAUUUGUUACAAUAGUCUUUGAAAAAAAAAUCCUUUUUGUAUGUCUUUGCUUUUAAAGGGUCACCAUGUUACCAACCCUAUACUGAGUCAUUGAGCUUAAGCUUUGUUAUUUCUAAUAGCCUAGAAACAGAGCAAGCAGAGCAGCAUCCCGUAACACUCAACACGGAGAGAACCCACAGUCUCGACAGAAAGAAUUUUCUUUUUUAUAAAUUGCAAAUACUGUAAUAUGAAAAAGGAAAACAUCAACUUUAAAUGGAAACUGAAGCCAUCUACAUCGGUCUAGAUUUGAGUUAUGCUUUUAUUGUGAUUGCUAAAUCAUGGAGAAUGUGGAAACUCAGCAUUUUUCAUCCUGCAGGAUUAGAAACGUGCUCAGAGCACACGCGAUCUGUCUGGGGACCUAACUGUUCCAUCUGGGCUUUGCGUGCUAACAGGGAUGUCUAUGCCUUGCCCAGACUGUAACAGGUAAAGAUGAAAGUGCUAUAAAAUAGAGGAUUUUCAAUGAUCUAUGAAAGGCUUACUCUGAAAUGUGGGAACCUUCAAGUGAGUUACAACUGAUUUUGCCAUUGAUGAAUUCAGCAUAUAUAUUUUUAUUAGCAUCGGUGUUGACAUUGUUAAGAUCAUUUGAAUAAUAAAAUGUCAUUUGUUA